AUGCCCCCGAAAAGCAAAUCCGGCGGCAGCAAAGACGCCGGCAAAGGCGCCGGCGCAGCAGACAAAAGCAAGCUCAAGCCCGCCACCAGCAUCAACGUGCGCCACAUCCUGUGCGAGAAACACGGCAAGAAGGAGGAGGCGCUGGCGAAGCUGCGCGCGGGGGCCAAGUUCGACGAUGUGGCGCGAGAGAUGAGCGAGGAUAAGGCGAGGCAGGGCGGUUCCCUAGGCUGGAAGACGCGCGGCAGCCUGCUGGCCGAUUUCGAAAAAGUCGCGUAUGAGCUUGAGCCCAGCUCGACGGGGAAUCCGAAGAUAGGCGAGGUCAAGACGGGAGAGGGCUAUCAUAUUAUUAUGGUUGAGGGGCGGAAAUAG